AUGCCCUCUACUACUACUACUACCACCAACAGCGGUGGAUCCAGUCUAUCUGGAUUAGUAGCAACUUUAGUACCUGUACUUAUUGUUACUUCUAUUUACCUCGUAAUCUUCUUAAUAUUGCGAAGAUCAAAUGUGAGAUGGUAUGCUCCUAGAACUUAUUUAGGUGCAUUGCGCGAAGAAGAGCGUACGAAACCACUCCCAUCAGGAUUCUUCAAUUGGAUUGGACCUUUCCGUAAAAUCCCAGAUAUAUAUGCACUUCAACACCAAGGCCUCGACGCAUAUUUGUUCCUUCGAUUCUUGCGAAUGACGGUUGUUAUUAUGUUUGUCGGUUGCUGUAUUACCUGGCCAGUUCUGUUCCCAGUCAAUGCUACAGGUGGAGGUGGAGCACAACAACUUGAUAUACUCUCCAUGGGUAAUAUUGAUAGUUCUACAUCAGCGGGAAGGAAUCGUUACUAUGCAACCUGUUUUAUUGGAUGGAUCUUCUUUGGAUUUGUUCUUUUCCUUGUCACAAGAGAAACCAUCUACUACAUCAACCUCCGACAAGCCUUCUUACUCAACCCAACUUUCGCCAACCGCAUCUCAUCAAGAACGGUUCUCUUUUUAUCAGUCCCAGCCCCGUAUCUCGAGGAAAGCAAACUUCGAACGGUCUUUGGAAGUUCAGUUCGACAUGUUUGGAUAGCUGCAGAUACCGAAAAAGUGGAUGAACUCGUUGAGAAGCGUGAUGACAUUGCGAAUCAACUCGAAGGUGCAGAGGUCAAACUAAUCAAGACGGCCAAUGGCGAGAGGCUUAAGGCGAUCAAGAAUGGCGCUAGUCAAGAGGAACAACCUGUUAUAGAUGAUAAUGGCGAAUCUGGAUCAUUGGCCUCUCGAUGGGUUCCUCAAAAGAAGCGUCCUACACACAAGCUUGGCAAAUUCGGUUUAUAUGGAAAGAAGGUGGAUACAAUCGACUGGGCGCGAAACCAAUUGGAAACCGUCAUCCCGGAAACCGAAGCUGCACAGAGCACUUAUUUGGCUGGAGAGACUGAAAGAGUCGGAUCAGUAUUCAUCGAAUUCGCUCACCAAUCGGACGCUCAAGUCGCCUUUCAAACCCUCGCUCAUCAUCAGGCUCUUCAAAUGUCUCCCAGAUAUAUUGGCGUUCAUCCUAACGAAGUCAUAUGGAAAUCCUUGACUGUCUCAUGGUGGCAAAGAGUUGUUCGUAGAUUCGCUGUCAUCGGAUUUAUCGCUGCGUUGAUCGUUUUCUGGGCUAUCCCAGUUACGGCUGUCGGUCUUAUUUCCAACGUCACAUACUUGGAAUCAUUUGGCUUUCUUUCAUGGUUAAAGGCUGUACCAAAUUGGAUUAUGGGCGUGAUCUCUGGUCUCUUACCUUCCGUGGCUCUAUCGAUUCUCAUGACCUUUGUCCCCAUUAUCAUGAGACUUUGCGCAAGACUUUCCGGCGAACCAACCACUGCACGUGUGGAACUCUUUACUCAAAACGCAUACUUUGCUUUCCAAGUCAUCCAAGUUUUCUUGGUUGUAACCAUCGCAUCAUCUGCAUCAUCGGUUUUAUACCAACUCAUCAACAACCCAACCGGAAUUCUUCCACUUCUUGCAACCAAAUUGCCUAGUGCCUCCAACUUUUAUAUCUCCUACUUUAUAGUUCAGGGAUUGACUGUUGCUGCUGGAGUAAUUUCCCAAGUGGUGGGAUUCUUCGUCUUUAAACUUCUCUACAAGUUCUUGGCCGGUACUCCCAGAAAGAUGUAUGCGAAAUGGACUAGCUUGAGUGCAAUCUCAUGGGGUAGUACUCUUCCAGUAUUCACGAAUAUUGCCGUGAUUGGUAUCACUUAUUCCUGUAUCGCUCCACUUAUAAUGGGCUUCGCUACUAUUGGCAUGAGUCUAUUCUAUCUAGCCUACAGAUACAACAUUCUCUUUGUCACCGACACCCAAAUUGACACCAAAGGUUUAAUCUAUCCACGAGCCCUUCAACAACUCCUCACCGGAGUCUACCUUGCAGAACUUUGCCUCAUUGGUCUUUUCGCCAUCGGUAAAGCAUGGCCACCAAUGGCCCUCAUGAUCAUAUUCCUCGUCUUCACCAUCUUGUACCACGUAUCUCUCAACGCAGCAAUGGACCCCCUCCUCUACACUCUCCCCAAAACUCUCGAAGCCGAAGAAGAGUCUAUCCGCGGCGAACUUGAAGCUGGCACCAGCGGUACCCCAACCGUCUCUCACGAGAAACACAACGAGAAGAACGGUUCCUCAGACAUCGCACCCCACUCCAAACCCCAAGGUGGCGUCUUUGCCAAAUUCUUCAAACCACACAUUUACUGCGAUUACGCCACCAUGCGCGCAUUUGUUCCACACGGUAACAUCGAUGCUGAUAACCUAUACGACGAAGUCUCGGCCCGAAACGCAUAUUUCCCUCCUUCAGUUAUUUCUGAGGCCCCGCUUCUUUGGAUCCCAAGAGAUGAGGGAGGAGUCAGUGCGCAGGAGGUUGCGCAUACGAGUAAGGUUAUUCCGAUUACGGAUGAGGGGUGUUCGCUUGAUGAGAAGAAUCAUUUGGUUUGGGAUGUGGAGGGGGCGAGACCACCGCUUUGGCAACCCAAGGUCUUUUAUUGA